AUGCUACAGCUGAUACAGACAGUACGGCAACAGCAGCAUCAGCAGCAGAAUCAAGGGGAGUUGCCCUCCCAGCAGCAGCAGCAGGAUGCAGAAGGCGGUAGCGCGGAAUUGCAAGCUGGAGUGACGCAACUGCCUGCGGAGCCGCCACCGCCGCAGCAGCGGCGGGUUAGCUUCGCAGCGGACACACGUGGCGGCAGCGGCGAGGACGUCGACGGAGGAGGUGCGGAGAUGCCGCCGCCGCCGCCGCCACUGGCGGCAGGGCUGCCGCGGCUGCGCAUGGAGCCCAGGCGCAGUGAAGCUGCCGCCGCCGCCGCGGUGGCGGCGGCGGUAGCCGCCGCUGCCUUGCCGACGGCAACGGCAAGGAGUCCGGUGAUGCAGCAAGGCGGGGACCCGGCAGGCAACGUCGCAGAUGGCGCCGGAGGCAGCGGGCCUGGCGGAGACGAGGAUGCUUCGAAAUCGGAGCCAGAGGCUCCGCCGCCGCCGCCGCCGCUGCGGCGGCAGCAGCGACACCUAACGGAGGCUAUGAUCCGUACACUCAAUGCUCGUGUGGCGGGAGAAUUAAUCCACCCCCGGCCGCCCGCGCCAGACCCGUUUGGGGAUCUGGAUCAUGGCGAGCACCUGGGCGGGGAGGGCCCCGUCACACCCUCCGCGGCUCGCGCCCGGGCCAUUUUGGCGACGAUGGGCGGUACCAAGAUGGACAUUUCGGAGCUGCGGACGGACCCACGGGUCAGUGCUGUGGACCAGCUGUUGGCGCCGCCGGCCUCGUCACUUCUGGCGCUGCUCUACUUGGCCAGUCGCCAACCAGUUCCCCACCCGGAGGACUUCCUGACGGGUACGGAUCUGCAGUACUACAACGGGGCAAGCGCAGGAGCGUACGGCGGCGGCGCCGCCGUCGGCGCCGUCAGCCCGCUGAGCGGCCGUCCGCCCGCCGGCGACCUGUUCAUGGACUUUGGUUCGCCGGGCCGCGCGUUGCACGGUCAGACGUACAGGCACGUCGAGGCGUGGAGUGUACGGGAUGCUGGGCUGGUUCUGGAGCGCCAGGCGCGAGAGAUGGAGCUGGCGGGGAGGUACCGCAUGCCGGCGGCGUACAUUGAGGCGGAUAAGGCCCUGGGGGAGCGCCUCAACCUGGAUGAUCCAGAUUUGGAGGAUCGGGCUGAUGAACUGCGGGAGCGCUUGCGGCGGGAAGCUUACGACGAGGUGCUGCUCCAAGCGGGAGAGGAGCUUCGGGAGGCUGAGCGAGAACGCUAUGGCUACGUUCGAAGUGCGCCGAUGCGGGAGCCAAACGCGGCAGCGGCGGUGGGCGAGGAGGAGGGCGAGGAGCAGGAAGGGCGCGGGCGCGGGUAG